GCGGUCGUCCCAUCACUCGCCUCGUUCGUGACAACGUCACAAAUACCGACCUGCUCGACAUGCCUCUCCUUGAUUACCGAAUGCAGUGGUCAGGGUCGCAAGGCGCAAGCCCAUGGAGCACGGUCGGUCUGUUGCGCUCGAGUGCAGGUAGUCGCACACCAGUGCGUUGCCUGAACGCGACAGGCACAGAGGGCCCGCUCUGUGCUUGAUUUACAGUCGCCCUGCACACGCACCGACACCGCCCAGGACAUGUCGCGACUCCUCGGACCCUUGGCGGACGUGUUGGGUCGCUGGGGGGCGGGGUUCUGGUCGUAUGCUGACCCCCGGACCGAGCACCUGCCGAUGUCGAGGAGCCCCCUACCCGUGUUGGCCAUCGUCGGCGCCUACCUGUACUUCUCGCUGUCGUACGGCCCACGCUUUAUGAAGAACCGACAGCCCUUCAAGCUGGAGAGGGUCAUGCUGGUCUACAACGCGGUGCAGGUCGUCUGGUGCGCCUACCUCGUCGAGGAGUGCCUACGGCUGGCCUGGGGAGGGACGUAUAACUGGAUCUGUGAGCCUAUCAACAGAGCCAAGACGCCGGAGAGCCUUCAGUUUGCCCAAGCCUGCUACCUCUUCCUCCUCCUCAAGAUCGUGGACCUGCUGGAUACGGUAUUCAUGGUUCUGCGGAAGAACGCCCGACAAGUGUCGUUCCUCCACGUGUACCACCACUCGCUCAUGGUCAUCACGGCGUGGGCGUGCGUCAAAACUGCACCAGGCGAACACCACACGUUCCUGGGCUUCGUGAACCUCAUCGUCCACACCAUCAUGUACAGCUACUACUUCUACAGCCUCCUCAACCCCGACGCCAAGUCGGCGCAGUGGAAGAAGUACAUCACGCUGAUCCAGUUCGUGCAGUUCGGCCUGAUCGGCGCCCACGAGCUGGUCUCCCUGCUCCGCCCCGACUGCGACGUCAUCCGCCCCUUCUCCUUCGGCAUCAUCGUCCAGUGCGCCUUCAUGGUCGCUCUGUUCAAAGACUUCUACAACAAGGCCUACGGGCAGGGCCGGAACAAGAAAGAGUAACUAAACUCGUAAAGUCUCGCCGCCGCACUGAAAUCGCGUCAAAGGACACCACCGGACCCAACGCUUGCGUUUUGUGCCGAUUUGUGAAACUUAGGUUUAGUUUAGGUGUAAACAAAUGUGACAGGUUUUGGCACGAAAAUCAUUCUUUCCCAUCAUACUUUUCCUUCGUGUUCGGCGGGUGUGUACCAGGUGGCUGACUCAAGCCGCGCACUUUCGUAGUCAUAGUGUACUGCAUGAGCGGGCGGGUUUGCUGCCCGGUGGGUUGACCUGCCACGUGCUGGGUAGGCUAGGCCAGCUAGGCUAACCCCCGCCCAGCAACUGUGUGGAGCUGGCGGUCGCGCUCUCAGCUUCCCGAUGGAGCAACCGCAUAAACCCUCCCCUACCCCUGGAAGAUACCCAGUUUUGCGUUUUCAGAGUGGAUCAUGCGUUUAUGCGAUGGGCUACGUGGUUUUACGCGGUUCAUUAUGCGAUACCGAUGCGAUGCCGGUGCGUGGUGCGAUUUUAUGGUGCGUGAUGCGUUGCGUGCGAUGCAAGAUGCGAAGUGGGGUAUUUGAUUUGAGAUGCGGUGAAGUGUGAGAUGCAAUGCGUCCGCCGCGUGCAGUGCGUUCUGUUUCUGUUGUAGGACGUCUAGAAAAUACGUCCGUAUUUAUCAGAUAGAUUCGGCAAAGUAAGUUCAAGAGCAGGGCGCCUGCAAGACUCGGCGUAGGCCACCCCGCAGUACACACAUGCACGGCAGGCAAGAUGUUGCCUACCAUCUAGGCGCUACGAGACCUUGCAUUGACCAGCAAUAGUUUGUGAGUUGUCUUUGAAUCAUAACACCCACUCAGUAGUCUCUGUUUUCAGACAGUUAGUUAUUGUUGUGUAUUGAAGUCUUUAUGCUGUAAUAAACAGGCUGAAAACACA